AUGGCUUUUAGGGUAGUACUUAACCCAUUACUUACUUCAUGGUUCAAAAUCUCAAUUUCCCGCUUACUAAAUCAAUGCAAAAGCAUGAAACAGCUCAAAAGAAUUCAUGCCCAAAUUCUAAAAUCCCCUAAAAUUUCAGAAUCAGACCGUUAUUUUCUCACUACUCGUCUACUCUUCUUUUGCGCCAUUUCUGAAGCAGGUUCCCUUUCUUAUGCUAACAAAGUUUUUACCCAUUUGGAAAGACCAAAUCUUUAUGUUUAUAAUGCUUUAAUUAGAGCUUAUUCUAGUAAAUUAUAUUCUGGGCAGUUCAUUAAUUCUUGCCCCUCUUUAAAUCUGUAUAUUCAAAUGCUAAGAAAUGGGGUUUACCCUGAUAAUCUUACUUUCCCGUUUAUCUUAAAGGAGUGUACUAGAAGGGUUGAUGGGUUAAUGGGUUUGGCUGUUUAUUCACAAGUUGUGAGAUUUGGGUUUAAUUAUGAUUUAUAUGUUGAGAAUUGUAUGAUUAGUUUGCUAUGUGAAUGUGGGUUUUUGGGUUGUGCACAGAAGCUGUUUGAUGAAAUGCCUGAGAGAGAUGUUGUUUCUUGGAAUUCGAUGAUUGUUGGGUAUUUGAAAAAUGGUGAGCUUGAUUUAGCAUUGGGUAUGUUUAGGAAGAUGGAAGAUCGGAAUAUUUAUACCUGGAAUUCUAUGAUAUCUGGUUUUGUUCAAGCUGGUAAGCCAAAGGUUGCUUUGGAGUUGUUUCAGGAAAUGCAGCUGAUGAGGGAUGGUGUAGUUUGGCCUGAUAAGAUGACAUUUGCUAGUGUUAUUUCGGCUUGUGCAUCUCUUGGCGCAAUUCACUAUGGUGAUUGGGUAUAUGAUUAUCUUCAGAAGAGUGGGUUGGAGAUUGAUAUGGUGACUGCAACAGCAUUGAUUGACAUGUAUGGUAAAUGUGGUCGUGUGGAUAAAGCAGUCGAAACCUUCAGAGAUAUGCCAAAGAAGGAUGUUUUGGCUUGGACAGCCAUGAUCUUGGCCUAUGCUCUUCAGGGGUUUGGGAAAGAAGCUUUGGAUCUUCUAAAGCAGAUGGAAAAGCUGGGAGUAAAGCCUAAUCAUGUAACUUUUGUUGGCAUUUUGUCAGCUUGUGCUCAUGCUGGCUUAGUAGAGGAGGGCCGCCGGUGCUUUGACAUGAUGACACAUGUUUACUCUAUUGAACCCCGUGUUUAUCACUAUGCUUGUAUGGUUGAUAUGCUUAGUCGAGCCGCGCUCUUUGAUGAGGCAGAAAAGCUUAUCAAUGGCAUGCCAAUGGACCCAGAUGCUUAUGUUUGGGGUGCUUUGCUCGGUGGUUGCCAAAUGCACAAGAAUGUAGAGCUAGGGGAGAAAGUUGCUUUGAGAUUGAUUGAAUUGGAUCCCCUGAAUCAUGCUUUCUACAUUAACCUUUGUGAUAUAUAUGCUAAAGCUGGUAGAUUUGAUGAUGUAAAGAAAGUAAGAACCUUCAUGCAAGAGAAGGGAAUCAUAAAGGAUAUGCCAGGCUCCAGCAUGAUUGAAAUUGAUAGUGUUGUUCAUGAAUUUUCUGUUAGAGGAUCACCUGAACUUGUGAUGGAUGAACUAGUUUGUUUAUUGAGUAGACUUAAUUAUAAGAUGACGAUAGGCUCUCACGGAAAUGAUCUGGAUGAUAUUUAGCCAACAAAUGGUGAAUGUUUAUCGAUAUUAUUGGAUAUUGGGAUGCAAAUGUUUUCAGUAGCUCCAAUCAAACAUCUGUGCCCAAGUUGAUAAACUGAGAAUCACUCCUAUUGCUUCCUUUACUUCCAUGAAAACGGGAAAGCUAUUGCAGGAAAAUCAUUGCCAAUAUGAGAAUGAUCAUUAUUCCAAACCUCUAUUGUCAAAUGCCGAAUAGGCCUUGCACUGCUUUCAGAAAAGUUACUCUUUCAGAAUUCAGAAGCACGUCAAGACCAUAACUUCUUGUAUCAUUAUAAAGUUGAGAUUGUAGAAUGCUCCAAUUGUUUGGAGAAGAAAUUGGCUCCUUUCCAGUGAAGGCAAGUUAAAGCUGUAAAAGUGUGACGAAAUUAACUUCCAAAGUUCUCACAAGCUUGAAUUUGGAGGAUAUAGUUGAAAGAAACUAUGUGAGACCUAGGUGCAAAUGAAGUUGUCCUGAUCUCUUUUCAAGUAAGUAUAUUUGAAUUUCAGUACCUGAAUCUUUUUUGAUGAAAGGUUAUGCCCUUAAUCCUGUUAAUAAACAUUAAUUGAACCAUCUUGCAAGUAUAAUGGUUUUUAAGUUAUUGAAUUUCAUCUGAAAUUUGUAACAGAUGUAAAAUAUUCACUAUAAUUUUAUGUGAAGUGCAUGCCCUGGGA